AUGUAUAACGCAUACGGUGCAAAUCGAGCAGCGCAACGUGAACUGGCAUCCGACAUGUGGAUUCAAAGACACAUUCCCGGUGGAUUAAACAGCCCAUUAGGACGCCAACUGGAUAACUACCUCGGUGGAAAUCCAAAUCCAACAUGGGGCCAAAUGACGGGUGGUUAUUCAGCCUAUCAAGGCUAUGGCAACGGAUAUGGCUAUCGUCGGUGGUAG